GGACAGCAUAAGCAGAAAACAGACAACACUACAUGAACAUUGAAACUACAUCCAUUGGUAGUAUCACUCCAAAGAGUUUGUCUCCACAGUCUUCACCUAAAUCACCUAUACGACAUAGGAAGUACCUUUCCAUACCUUCAUCGCCACGACUAGGAAAACUCCCACCAUGGAAGAAGCUCCUCUAUUUAAAGCAACCCUAUCCGGAUAACUACACCGACAAAUCGUUCUUAUCACAACUUAAACGAAACACAACUGUUGCCAAAUAUUCUUACGUGAAGCUAGUUGAGGAUUUCUCACUCAUCAUAUUCUACAUAUCAUGUAUACUACUCGUGAUUCUUAUAUUCAUUGGCAUUUACGUUCAUAACUGGGACCCAACAUGGUUCACUAUCACAACCAGUGUCAUAACCUUUUUCAGUUUUAUGUUUCUUUCCAAUAGCUACAUGAUAAACAUGAAAUCAUUCAUCCUCAUCAUUCUCAUGCUAUUCAUGGUCUCCCCGAUCCUUGAAUCACUUACAAAAUCAACAUCAUCAGACUCGAUUUGGGCUAUAUCAUUCACGCUAUGCAUUGCCAAUGCAGUAUUCCACGAAUACUCAAUGAGUUCAGCCCAGCGGAAAAUCAAACCCCAUAGACCAAUUAUAUCGACAAACAUAUCACUUUCUAAUGCCAUCGUCCUUGCAUCACGGUUAUCGUCUACGAACGAAGUAUUUCAAUUUGUGCUUUUUGCAGUCCAGAUAAAUAUCUUACUUCCAUUGUUUGACGCAAAAUUGCUACAAUUAAACUAUAAGAAACUUCAUUGGACUAUUGUGAUAACGUCCUUUAUUCUUGUCGAUGUAUUGAUGUAUAAAUUGUUAAAUUACAAAUUCAUGGUAUAUUGGAACAUUGCAGCAAUGGGAUUGGUAGUGAUUAUGCCAGGAUAUUUCUUAUCACUUCAGAGAUACAAGAAUGAAUUACAAGGACCCUGGGAUACCGCCAAACCCAUUCUUAAUAGAGGUAGAUAGCAUAGUUAAUACUAAUAGUAAUGUCGCA